UCCACGACCCGACCCAACCGCAGCCGGCCGUCCCGCUAAUGCCGUAGACUAAUCGCGAUUAAGGAAAAGAAGGGGAAAAAAAGGGGAAAGUCCAAGCGGCGCGGCAGCAGCAAAACCCCCGCACCGUCCGGAAGGCAGAAAACCACAAUAAACAAGGCACGCAACGAAUCCGAUCCCGAUUUAUUUCGCCCAAAUCCGCCGAUUAAUCCCCACGGCACGCCGGCCGCGUCAUGCUCCGGCCAUUCCUCUCCCCUCACCACCGCUCUGCCGCCGCCGCCCCCGCACCCAUCGCAGCAGGGGCCGCGGCGAUGCGACCCCCCGCGUCCUCCUCCUCCUCCUCCCGCUCCUCGGCCGGCGGCGGAGGCGGGGCCCACCACCACCACAACCACGGCGGCGGCCACAACAACGUCUCCGCCUCGCCGCCGCCGGCGUGCACGACGUGCAGGCACGCCCCGUCGUCGGCCACGCUCGAUCUCCUCAUCCUGCUUCUCGUCCUCUUCUCGCUCGCCUUCCUGCUCGCCUCCUCGCUCUCGCACGUCGCGCGCUCGCUCUCCCCGCUGCUCGCCACGCCGCCCGCCGUCGCCGCGCUCGCCUACGCCGCCGCCGCGCUGCCCUACGCGGCCGCGGCCGCCGUGCUCGCCGCCGCCGCGUUCCUCUCCUGCCGCCGCCUCCCGCGGCGCCGCUGCCGCAACCCGCGCUGCCGCGGCCUGCGGAAGGCGCUGGAGUUCGACGUCCAGCUGCAGACCGAGGAGGCCGUGCGCGCCGGCGCCGGGAGCACCGUCGGCGGCGCCGACGCGGCCAUGUGGCGCGAGAUCGACGCGCUGCCGUGGAAGGGCGGCCAGAGCGGGAACAACCCAGACUACGAGUGCCUUCGCGCCGAGCUCCGCCGGAUGGCGCCGCCCAACGGCCGAGCCGUGCUGCUCUUCCGCAACCGCUGUGGCUGCCCUGUUGCUAAGCUUGAAGGAUGGGGCGCCCCCAAGAGCAAACGCCGCAACAAGAAGGGCACGCAAGGUUCGUUCCAUGACCGAGGAGUGAGGUGAACACAAGUCUGAUGUCGCUAGUUGCAACACUGUUGCUUUAGACUGCCAUGUUGAAUAAUCCUUCCAGCAAAAGAUACACCAAUUACAAUUUACAAGUGGGUUGUGCCAUGGUUGUAUUGUUAGAGGGGGGGUUCGCUGAACCCCAACAGUUAUACUGAUACAAAGACAAAAGACGCAGCAAUAAAGAACUGUUAAUAAAGGACAAUAAAUAAAGCAUAAACAUUGGAGACGUGCUCA